CAUACACGAUUCGAUUAAACCAUACAAUAUUUCUUAUCUAUCCAAUUCGGAAUUUUAUGGAGCAUGUGCUACUAUGGCAGGAUGGGGUAUAUCAAAUGAUAACAAUACCCCUGCCAUUAUGGAAACAGUAGAACUAAAAGUCUUAUCAAUUGCUGAAUGUGAAGAUAAAAUUGAAAGACUUCAUGGAUCAAGAGUUCCAGUUAAUUACAGACAGAUUUGUUCUUCUGCAGAUCCAUAUGCACUUAUGAGCUCUGGCGACAGUGGAGGUCCGCUUUUGAGUAUGGGUAUGGUUAUUGGCGUCAAUACAGCUACCGUACCAGUGACGGUUAAGGUGCCUCAUCCAGAUAAGGUCAACGUUCAUGCUGGUAUCGAAUACUACAGAGCGUUUAUUUUGGAAGCCAUAGGUAGCAGUUUUGUAUGGUCUUGA